GUUUUGUUCGUAAUACAACACCCUUUUUAGGUUUUCAUCGCAAUAUGAAUAAACCUUUUAAACAUGAAUAUAGGAUAUAUUUUCCGUACGCUUUAUUUGGCAGGCAUCCAAAUUCUAAUGGCCUCCGGCUAUGCUGUGUAAUGGAUCGAUAAACAAGUGUUUACUGUCAGUGUUUAACAGUUCACAGCGGUAACCAAUAGCAACGCGCUCAUUAACCAGUACUUAGACUUGCGGUGAUUAAUUUCGCCGGAACUGGUUUAAAAUUUAAAGAUAUAAAUUCAACAAUUGUGUGAAAUGAAAGUGAUUAAUCGUGCAUGAUUUUGAUUAUUGAAAGUCAUUGCUUAUCGGACAUUUCGAUAUAAAUUUAACAGUCAAUGUAGUUAUUGGUAUUAAAACGACGUCGUACAUACAAUAUAUGACGCGACCGCCGUGACUCGCGACAUCAUUCAUAAGGACGCAUUGACGUCAUAGGCAAGACUUUGUGAUGUUCCUGAAAUCGUGAGCGCAUAAAUUGAGAUGCUGAUCCGUGAAUACUUAUCUUGAAUGUUUGCAGUAUCUUUUCCAUUCCGGGCAUGACUAUUGGAGUGAUUAUGCAACAUCCGGCUAUCAAAGCAGAGCGUGUUGAUCUGUCGUUGAUACCUCCCAGUUACCAUCAGCAGCAACAGCUUUUACAACAACAGCAACAACAGCUGCAGCAGCAGCAACAACAAAAACAGCAACAACAACAAAAGAAACCAUCCACCAAUACUGUGGCUGCCAAUGGAGAUACGAGUAUUGAAACGCAACCAGAUUUUCAAAGCAUCAAAGGCGUGUUUGGUUGGACAGUUGUCGACAAGAUCAAUAUCCCGUAUAUUUUACGUAGUGAUAAACAGUUUGUUUCAGUGAGAAUAGUUGAAAUGAAGUUACUAAGCCGGUAUCCGAAUUCGUAUCCGGACGACCUUGGGAAGCAAGCGCCUCUCACUAGUUUCUUUAUAACAGCAAACGAAGCAAAACUUUUUAAUGAGAUUAAUCUUCAGCAUUGUGCCGGGGAGUAUGGUAAGAAAGAGUUUACCACGAAAGAUUUAAUAGUAUUAUUGUCCGAUUUUAUCAAUUUCUAUAAUCUUGUAAAAAAGACGUUUCCAGAUGCAGCAGUCGCUAGGCAAGAGGCCGCUGAAACUGCUGGUUGGUUACAGAUUAAAAAUACGGUAACUCCGUAUAUAAAGAGACUAGAAAAUAAGUUUGUACCACUGUCUGUUAUAAAAUAUGCUGCUGGGUUAUUGACUAAUGAAAACGUGAGUGGUCUUCCGCCAACGAAGAGAGAAUGUGAACUGUUAAACAAAGCGUGUAAAACUGCAGGUGUUGAAUUUGUGUUUUCUGACACUACAACGAGACUUAUAAAUAUCAAAGACAUUCUUAAGAUAUCGCCAGUUGAUAUCAUUGAACUGCCGUCAAGUAACCCUUUGAAACAUGCAACUUAUAUGGAAUUACCAACGACGAGCAGUAGACCUGUUGAGAAGCCAAAACUAGCAACGUCGCCAGUUCAAAGUACUAUUAGACCGCAGAAUCAACCAUACAUGUUCCAGCCUGGUUCCCUUGAAAUGAUACGAAAUCAAUUUCAGGGAGCUGGUACUAGGCCGGAGCAAAAUGGUGCCCGGUUUCAAAUGCCGCCACAGGCAGGAUUUCCUGGCAACAUAAAUCCUCGCAUGAUUGAUCCAAGAAUGGCGGACAUGUACAGGUUUCAGUAUGGAACAAACAGUAGGCCUAUAAUGUCCAAUGGUCCUCCAAAUGCUAGAAUAGGCCAAAUGCCUCAGUAUAAUCCAUUUGUUCCACAAAUGAACCCUAUGGCAAUGCAGUAUUAUGCAAAUAUUCAAAACAAUCAGAAUGGAAGAAACCAUGGACAAGCCUCACAACAUAACAAAGAAAUGUCUCAACAGCGCCCUAUGAGCAACGGACAAGAAACUUCACCAAGAACUCAAUCUAGACCAUCCUCUGGGUCUGUUUCCCAGUCAGGGUCUCGACCACCGUCAACAUCAAGGCCACCUUCAGAAUCGCCUUUAGGAUCUCCUUUGUCGCCUACGAGUUUCCAACAAUUUCCAAGGUCUGUUGGUUUGUCUCCGGUUGCUGAUACACUUACAGGAGGUCCGAUGCCGAUGUUAAAUGGUGGUCUUGCGAUUCAGCACAUGCAGAAUAUGUGCGCGCAAAGGUUCCCAGUGUCAAGGGAACAGAUACAAUCAUCAGUUGGUCAAAAUCCACCAUUCCAAAUGGGCAUCGCAGGGCAUCCACAUCAUGAUCCAAAUGUUAAUAAGCAUGUACAGCUGCAAUCUACAAAUAAUCCGAUUCCACCUCAUGUGCAAAGAACUAUACCCCCUAGUGCUAAUCAAGAAAUUCCUGGACUGUUUAGUCCAACAGGUUCAAAUGUUUCCCCGCCAAAACAAAGUAUGCCAGGACGUGAAACCACACCCCUCCCGCCUUUGCAAUUGAUGUCGAGUCCGCCACCCGCAUCAGUUACGAAAACCGUGUCUCAUGAUUUAACCUCUCCCGGCCAAAUGUUAAGUCCCAGUUUGUCAGUUACACAAUCCUCCGAUGUAGUGGUUCCCGUCCUAGAUGAUUCAAGUACAGUUCUUUCAAUGCCUGCACAAAGGAACCAGCCAUUACCAACCACGAUUUCUGCAGCAAAACCGCAGGUGUCACUCGUGAAAUGUAUAGAAGGUGCAUGGCUUAACAAUAAAAGCAUAUCGUGUCUAUAUUUAGAACAAGAUGGUCGGAAUGGACGAUAUUGUCUUGUAGAGGCAGUGUGUAAAUUGUACUUCAAUGGUUGUAGUGUGAACGAAUUUCUUUUUGCGCUAGAAAACGUGUUAAAUGUGCCAUUAAUGACCUGCAAUGAAACGGAGGAGAAAGCUUUUAUUCAGUAUUAUAGUUUACCAGUAGUGACUUUAAAGUGUAACAAAAUGAUAAAAUUCGAUGACCUGGAGAAGUACUUCCCGCAGUUGACUUACAUGUUUCCCAGUAAAGAAGCGAUAGCACAAAGUGAAGGUGAACCCGAUCAAACUGACUUAUCCGACGCUGUUGAAAUGGCUGGUCAUACGAUUGGCCUUACAGCUGAGGAAAUUGAAGCAUCUAUGCCGGCAACUAUGAGUCAGCUGAGUGCGCAUGUCGGGGAGAAACGGGCCGGUGAUCCAUUGUUAGAUGGUAUAGCAUCUAAACACAAGCGCUUAGGAGGUACGGCUGCCGAAGACAAUGACGUCAUUGUAUUAGAUUGAAGAACAUGAACGACAAGGAACACGGACCAAAACAUUACACCAAAGACCAAAAGAUUUAAGAAGAAAUGAGAAGUUGAAGAAUAAAUGCGUUGCCAAGGGGUGCUAAAGAUCACAGCGGUGAUUGGAAAUGGUCUUGCGGGCGAAACAAUCAAAUAGACAUAACUCUAUGUACAUGGAUAUGAACAUCCUUUAUGUAGAGGGUAAAACCAGAUGAUCAUAAAGAGUAUUGUUAACUGUAUAACAUAUGACAUCAUGUUUAAUGUGAUGUCAUGUUUAUAAGCGCAACAAAUGUGAUAUCAUUUACAGUUUAUAGAUUUUUGGCAGAAUAUACUAGACUUACAAUGUUAAGAAAGGGAGUCUCGGUUCUCGAUUUUUUUCUGGGUUGAAGUCGUAAGAUAGGCUUAUCGGCUGUCAAUAAUUUUGAGAUUAUAUUGUUUAUUAAGAUUUGAAAUUGUUAGUAGUAAAUGGAAAGGCGAAGUCCUGAAGUUGUCUCAAUGUUAUAUUCAAAAUGCUCGAGGUUGUGUCGUAAGCCGCAGCCUCGACAUUUAUUCAUUGAUAAACUGUCUCGUAAUGUUUUGUUCAAGAAUGUAUGUUUUUUGUUCAUGAGAAGAUAGAAAAAAGUUGUCUUUCACAUUUUGAUCAGUUUGUACAGUUUUUUUUCAGCAAAAUUUUGAUUUUGAUGUUUUCCCUAUGUCACUCUUAAUCUCGAAGUAACUUAAUAUGAUACUUGUGUACACCUAUGGCGUUUUAGUUUCUUUGCAACGGAAAAAAUGGCGCGCAGGUUUAAACCUAUUUUGAGGAUUUUUAGACUUAAAUCAUUCAUUAACUUAAUACAUUCAUUGUACGAUGAUAUUCAAUCUAUUCUGCAAUUUUCAUUGUUCAUUCUCUUUUCUUAUGUUUCAAAAUCCAUGGAAGACUACAUAAUUUUUUGCAUAGUGCCAUAUUAAGUUGAACAGCAGUUGGACUUACUGGCAUUUGAAAUUAAAUUCAGUUUUAAUUCACAAUAAAAUAAUAAUCGACAGAUUAACACAGUUGUUAAAAAUACAGUAAACUUAAGAAAUCUUCAUCAGAAUUUAGUAAACGUUCCUUUUAAAUGUUUAGUUGACGAUAUGCUAAUUUUGUCAGCUAUAGUAAAUAUUACGGUUAUUUAGCACAUAUUUUAACCCCUACUGCGAUAAAUAUAAAUGUAUAUAUCUAAAAUGGAAUCGUUCAAUAUUUGAAUCUGGACGGAACCAUUUAUCAAUUAUAGGGAAAAUUUAAGGUUAGUAUUGACUGAAUAGCGCGAACAGGGCAGGCCAUGACCAGACGGCACGAAUGUACCGGCAGAUCUUGGCCUGAACUUGUCGCCAUGGUAAGAAACUUUUGGCACCCGCAUGCCAGAGUGUCCAAAAACUUCUGUUUUUAAUCUACCUGACUUGAGAGUUGCAAAUACGAAAUAAUAAUGAAGAAGCAAGACUUGGUGCAAUAAGAGAAAACAACUUUUUGUAACCUUUGACCUGUUGGAACUGUCAAUGAUUAGCCUUUGUCACCAGUAUAGAGUCUAACCAGACUGCACGUGGACCCGUGCAGUACAUGAUUCUACAGGUUAAGGGUUAAAAACAAUCCGGAAUACUUGCAUGUUUAUAAAUUACGUUUGUACCAUACCAUAUCAUCUAACUGUGCUGUAUUUGAAGUAGUGCUAUGUUGACUUGUUUUGUAUAUAUUCAUUAUUGUUUAAAUCAAAAUUUAGGUAAUAACUAUUGUUCUAUUGCAAUAAAUAGGCAAAGUUUUCAUGUUUUCUACACGUAUAUAUAUUUUUUAAUUGUCCAUGACAUGCAAUGUUCUUUUGUUUAUAUCCAUUUGUUUUGUACACAAUUAUGUUCAAAAUCUCGGGGCAUUCAUUCUUUUUAAGUAUUGAAAUUCUAAAUUGUAUGUUUUUUUUUGUUUUGAAUGUUUAACAACAAUUGUUAACUAUUUAAGAUUAACACAUGCUUCUUGAAUUUUAUCAUUAUAUUUAAUUCUUAUCAUUUCCGGAUUUAAAAAAUAAACAUACAUAAUGGUCUAUAACUGCUUAGAUGUGGUUUGUCUAAAAUAGUGCACUGAUGUGCAGCUGGGAUCGUCGGAUUCGAUCGUCGGACUCGUCCGGAACCGGCGCAGAACUGGAAAAAAAAUCGCCAUUUGCGCCAUAUGACACUUACAUUGCCGGCAUGGUGAAUUUAACCAAAGACCAAAAUAUAACGUAGUGUUUUUUUUUCUCUCAAAUAUUGUGAAUGAUAUAUAAGUAUAAAAACAUUGAUUUGAAAAUUAUUAACGAGUUACACGUAUUGUAGAAAGAUAAACAUGUGUUACAUAUGAAAAAGCCAUAUUGUUGUUUAAAGAUGAUGUAUGUAUAUUUUUUCUGUUUCAAUAGUCAUAUUACAUGUAUUGGUAUAUGGUAGUCAAAAAUUGACUAAAACUUGGAAAGGCCUACGUAGUAAUUAGAAAUGACUAUGGAAGUUUACAUUUCCCAGAUUUUGUAAUAUUCAAUAAUGACGCUGAUUUGAUAAUAUGUUAACCAACUACUAUCUUUCUUUAAUAAAACAAACAUUAUAUCCUUCAAACGAUUGAAAAAUGGUAGAUAAAAAUGGGCGAUUAAAACGGUAUUAGAUAUUAUUUUUUUACUUCGAUUCUAGAGUGGCUUGUUAAUUAUGUUGGAAUUUUCAUUUAAAAAACACUAUAUUCACCAUUUUACUGUUUUAUUUUGUUAUAUAUGUAUAUGUGUGUGUAUAAAGAUAUGUUUUAGACAGUUGCAUUUCUAUGUUAUGUGUGUUAAAGAUUAUGUACUGUUUAUUUCGUUAGAUCUAACUGCAUUGACUUACAAGAAAAGGGGCAUUAACUGCGAAAGCCAGAACUUGCAUUUGAUGUUUAUGAUGUUCAUAGAUACUUUAUUUUUCACAUUUAAUCUCUAUACGUUUAACAAAUGAGCCGCGUCACAACAAAACCAACAUAAUGGGUUUGCGGCCAGCAUGGAUCCACACCAGCCUGCGCAUCCGCGCAGUCUGAUCAGGAUCCAUGCUGUUCGCUUACAAACCCUAUAACAAGUAGAGAAAGUGAUAGCGAACAGCAUGGAUCCUGAUCAGACUGCGCGGAUGCGCAGGCUUGUCUGGAUCCAUGCUGGUCGCAAACCCAUUAUGAUGGUUUUGUCAUGACACGGCUCAAAUCUUGGGUUAGUCACAAACCCUGCAAACAAUGUCUCUACUUUUGAUUUUAUAUUCGUUAUUAAUAUUUGCAACCAAUAUUUCACAAAUCACAUUAUUUAUUUUAAUAUUUCUAACUAAUAUUGUUACCAAUAUUUCACAGAUGACGGUGUUUAUUUCAAUAUUUGCAACCAAUAUUUCACAGAUCAUAUUGUUUUCAUCAAUAUUCCUAAUUAAUAUUUCACAGAUGACAUUGUUUAUUUCAGUAUUCCUAAUUAGAAUUGCAACCAAUAUUUCACAGAUGACAUUGUGUUGAUUUCAAUAUUCCUAAUUAAUAAUGCAACCAAUAUUUCACAGAUAAUAUUGUUUAUUUCAAUAUUCCUAAUUAAUAUUUCAACCAAUAGUUUGUGCAUAGUGAUCAAAGUUGCCAUAUAAUAAUAGAAUGUUUAUGAUUCAAAACAUUAUAACUAAUAUUUUAAUGAUUAUAGAUAUCUGCCUUAAUACUUUAGCCAAUAUAUGGUCUAAUAUGGCUGUGAUUAUCAUUUUUUUCUGCCAGUUAUACAAAUGCAACUUAAUAUGCCAUAAAAUUUGCUAUAGAGGAUGCUCAAAAAUGAUUCGAGAAAUUUAAAUGUGUUUGGAAAGAAAGAAACAAAAAACAAAUUGAAAUGCACGUAUUUAACUAUUUAAAUUUUUUAUCAAAGAAUUCCCGCUCAUUUAAAUGACACAAGAAGGUAAUUCAAUUUAAAGAGCAAGCGGUAACGUGUAUCCCCCCCAAUGAUUUACAAAUUAAUUCGUAAAUAUUUUUCUUUUACAUAUAUUGUUUUACGGGGCAAUCCUAUCUCGAUGGAACCAUAUGUACAGAGUGUAGUAUUUCGUUAUUUCUUAGUUGAAACUCCAUAUUUAUUAAAAUCAACAGGAAAAAAAACUGAAAACAAACAUGGACGUUCUUUGGCCUUAAACCGUGUUUUAAUAAAUAUAACCUAAAAUCAAUAAACGCACGUAAAGGUCACGCGACAGCGGGAGUUGAAAAUCGAUAUUUCAUCGACCGAUUCUUCUCCGAUAAUUUAGCGGUAUAUAGUUACGAAUUAGGCAAUCAGUUCAGUCAAUGCGUUAAUUACAGGUUAUAUAUUUUUCAAGCAUUUUACGUUCGUAAAAUCACUAACCAAUUGAAAGACCCUGUCUCAUUCAAGUGCUUUUUCUUCUUUCGUUUUAAAAGAUUACUGGUUUUUGUUUUAUUUCAUGAUAUUAUGAUAAGGGUAGUUAGAAAAAAAAGAAAGAAACGAAUCAAAAUGUUUAAUCUUUACAAAUAUUUGCAUUAUUAUAUCAUACAAAAUACUGCACGUACAUGCCAUAUCUAUUUUUAGAAUCAUUACAUUUUUAUUUUUCUAUAUCAAUUACUUGCACGGAGUUAAAAGUUUCGCCAUUUCCGUGCACAUGUAAUUAAUGGUUCAUUUUUGACUUACUGCCAAGUUAAAUAUUUGUAUUAUUUUAUUGUAGAAGUUAUCAUAAAGUCAACAAAAGCUUACAAUUAAAGCAGCAUGCCUCCAGAUUUAGGUUAAUUUUCGUGAAAAUUUAAAAUCGUCAUACAAAUGGAAAAAUGAUAGAGAGAGAGAGAGAAAAAAACAACAAAAAAAAACCCCCAACAACCUUAUGAGUUGCCAUAUAACGUAUUCUAAGUUAGCAACAGGCGCUUAAAAUUCACAUAAAUAGAAUGAGAUGUGCUUAAAAAUGUGCCCUCAUAUUAACUAUAUAUACCUAUUCCGUUAGUAACGGGGUAAAACUGACGGUGAAAAAACGUAUUUAUCACGUGACAUCACUUCUUUUCAAUGUAAUAUAACCAUUUCGUAUUUAUCUUAAUGUCACUUUUUGUGUAAUAUAAAUUCGUCGCACUUCAUUAACUUUUAUGGGUUUUCGUCAUGUGGUAAAAACAAUCUCUGUAAUUAUAGAAUUUAUUAAACUUUUCAAACAAAAUAUGUGACCACAAUUUCUUGAAACCCGUUAAUAACACAUUGUAAAAUUUUAUAUGGCAACUCGUGUGAGAUGUAAUAUAUUUUUUACUAACAUUAACUCAAUCAAAGGGUCGUCCUUUUUUGUCAUUUUUUUGCAUUGUUUAUAUAGGUUUCGAAUAUCGAACAAAUACGUUUUUCUUCCUUUUAAUAGAAACUGGGUUCGCUAAUCUGGAGGCGUAAAUCUGUCACUGUGUAUUGUUUUAUUAAAACACAAAAGCACGGUUUUGCGAUGUAUUCUUUUUCUUUUGUUUAUUGGACUAGACAAAAAAUUCAUUGGCGUUAAUUCAUGUUACUAUUUCAGUUCAUUUUGACAAAUGGGUAAAAAUACGGUAACUGGUAUUUUUAUGUUAUUUUUUUUCUGCGUAAUACGCCAAUCAAGAAAAUAUUUGAUAUCAUAUGUUUGUUCAUAAAUGUACAUGUAUAUACAUAUAUUUAAAACACACAUUUUUGGUCCACAACUUUGUAGAAAUGGACCAAGAAAACAUUGUUGAUAAUAAUUGUUCAAUUAUUCGUUUUUAAUGAAUAAAAAGUCAAACAACGCUA